UUCAUUUUUCCUUCAAAUGAAGUGAGCUCAUUCCCGACCGACUCCCGAGUCCUUCCUCGGCGUUCCCCGUGGCUCUUCGGUCGAUUUCGGCUCUCGUCGUGUCUUUCGCCGGAGGAAUGGACGAAGCGGAAUCGGCGACGAAGGCGCUCGGGUUGGACGAACCCCGCAGGCGGGCGGGCUCGGAUACCGAGUCGGACGCCGAAGUCUCCACGAUGGCCGUCAUGGCGGCGCCGGAAAACAUCGACAUGGGGGCCGAAGCGAUGCCGAAUCCCGACGACGCCGAGUCGGCUUUCGCAGAGGUCUCCACGGUGGCGGUGGAAGACGUUCAGGCUGCAGACGACAACGUUUUCACCACCCCGGUGGAUGCGGUGGAAAACCUUCCGGAACACGUGUUGAGCGGAAGGAGCCCCCUGGAGCUGGCCGAGGGUCUGAGCGGCCAGAAGACCACCCUCAUCGUGGUCCACACCGACACGACAGUUGGACAGCAAGACCGACUCAAGUCUGCGUCCGCCAUCUCGACUGGCCUGGCGACUCCACCCACUCCGCCGGCUCCUCCCCAGGACAAAGAGCCCGCCUCCAAGUACAACUGGGACCCGUCGGUAUACAACAACGAGCUGCCGGUGCGAUGCCGCAACAGCAGCGGCGUCCUCUACAAAAGCCGCCUGGGCUCCGGCGGUAAAGGUCGCUGCAUCAAACACGAUCAGCGGUGGUUGACACCCACCGAGUUUGAGGCUCUGGCGGGUCGCGCCAGCAGCAAAGACUGGAAGAGGAGCAUCCGCUACGGAGGGAGGCCUCUGCUCUGCCUCAUACAGGACCGCAUCCUCAACCCUCACGCCGCCUCGUGUACGUGCGCGGCCUGCUGUGACGACAUGGUCCUGGAUGGAGACUCCUUGGAAGCCGAGAACAUCACAAUGAACGGCCCAGUGCGGCUCUUCGUCCCGUACAAGCGAAGGCGGAAGGAGACGGAAACGUCGGCUGUUCCCGCCAAAAAGGACGUCCCUGCCAGCAAAAAUAUCACGCUGAGCCCAGGGACCACAUUCACGGUGUCACCGAUGGGUCAGAUCGCCCCGUCGGGGACGUUGUCUUUCGAGCGCUCGCCCAGCAGCGACACGGCCGCCGCCGCCGCCGCCAUUAUCUCGGACGCCUCGGCGCAGAGCGAAGUCUACGCGGACACGGCAGUGUUGACGGCCUUACCGGCGUUGGCGCUGUGCCCCCAAGCCAAGAUGGCGGUGGCGUCCCCUUCGCCGUCGCUGGUGGGCACUCUGGAGGUGGGGCCUGUGGCGGGGGCCACCUUGGCAGUGGGUCCGCCUCUCUUGAGCGGCGGCCCCGCCGACGCCUGGCAGGGCCUGGAGGAGAUGGCCAACACCCUCAUGAGCAACGCGCAGCAGCUCAAAGCCUUGAUCGAGCAGGCCAAAAGGGACAAUAAAGGGCACAAGGAGUGUGCUGUCAGUCAGUCCUUCCAGAACCAGAUAACAUUCCAGACGCCGCCGGACGACACACAAGCCAAACGGAGCACCGACAUCGCUGAGGUCAUCCUCAAUCAGAUGUGCGAGAACUGCGGCCGCGUGGCCCUCAGCGAGUGCACGGGCUGCCGGAAAGUCAACUACUGCUCCACUUUCUGCCAGAGGAAGGACUGGAGAGAUCAUCAGAACAGCUGCUUCCAAUCAGGAGGAGGCGGGGCCGCCCCGGAGGACGAGCCAAUGGCGGCCCUUGGCAUGGACAAAGUGAAGUGAGAGGGCGUGGCUGGACCCGCCCACUUGAAUCCUUCCUCACCAUCACGAGAGA